AUGGUUUUUGAGGAUACAUUGGGGACAAAUGAUAUGGUGGUGAUUGUCAGUGCAGACUGGUGUAACGUGGCCCCGGUGCAUUUAGCCAACUUUGCAGCAGCCACUGAUACGGUUUUCCUGACAACGAACCCAGCCAACUUUGAUCUAGCCCAUUUCGAGAAAUUUCCCACGAUGGUCCAGCUGGGCCCACUGCCCGGCACCGAUAUGGUGGCCGCCGUGACCCAAGUUCUCCUGGAUAAUCAGUGGACCAAAAACCUGGGCUUGUACUGUCCGCCAGUCGGCAUGAGCUGGUCGGAGUACUUUUGUGAUGCAUUCAUCAAAGACGGCUUGUAUAACAGGAUCGAUGUCCAGCAAGUGUACAUUCCCCAUGCGUACACCAAUCUGGCGGUAUUUGGGAAAGAACAAUACCGUGGUGUACUGAAUGAACUGCGUAAUCACACGCGAGUGAUCCUUGUCUUCAUCAACCCACCUCUGCUGCGGGAAUUCAUGAUUACGGCUUACGAAUUAAACAUGACAAAUGGAGACUUUAUUUUUUUCACCUUGGCGCUGCAGCCAACACCCGGUAGUCCGUAUUUGCUCAGUUGGAAAGCGAAUGACGCGGAUGAUGAGAAAGCCAGGAAAGCCUUUGAAUCGGUAAUUAUCUCAUCGGACACACUCUUCGAAUGGGAUGACCUGGAGGAAUUUAUCAAUAAAACCGCUCAAACAUCCCAGAGUGUUUACAACAUCACUGUCCCGCUCAAUUACCGGAAAAACGAAGCCACGGCGCUAAUGUACGAUCUGCUGUCGAAUUUUGCCGAGUACCUUAAUCGAUCUGUCGAUCAAAUGGCCAACAUGACACCGGCACAGUUCGCGCACAACCUCCGCCAGCAGAUGUAUAGCAAACGGUCAAGUUCCACCCGCGUUGCCAGAUCCGGCAUGGCCAGCUUCCUCAUUCCGUUGCUGCGCUUGAACCCCCGCAACGGCAAAUUCGAGCUGGCUGCAAAGUAUGAUACGGAAAUACAGAAACUUCACAUUGUGGAUCCGGAGCUUUGA